GAUUUUGUAAAUACCCAAAGUAACCGACAAACAACAUCACCAUAUCAACCAAAUUCACUCCUUCGUACCAAUUUCCAAUUUCCAAUUCCCACAACCUUCCCGCCCAGUCCCAAAAUAAAAGACUCUCAAAACCAUGAAACCUCUAUCAUGGCUCGACAUCUUCCGAAGUAAAAGAAUGCUCUCAACAACCACCUCCACUCCCACAAUGUCUUUCCCAUCCGCCCCCGCAUCCGCAUUCUCACCCUCCAAGAAACCAAACAAGAAAUCACCCCAAAACAAACAAAAACUGCGCGCAAGUAAACUGCCCCGUAGUUACAAUAGUCAGUACGAACUCCCCGGCAAAGAAACCCCUGGUCUCGAUUUCGAGAUUUUCGAAGAUCCCCGCUGCGCCAUCUGUGAUGGAGAUCUUCCUCCUGUCGAAGGCCCACCAACCUACCUCCUCCCCCAACUCUGCGCAUCCUGCCACCUACAAGUCACACAACUCAAACACGAGCGCGAGAAGCUCCAGCGUCAGAAACAACUCGACGAGUUGCGCGAGGCGCUCGAAGCGGUUUCUGCACAGGCGGAGCUGCAACGGGUCUUGUCGGCUGGGAAUCGGAGGUUGAGGGGCGAGAUUGAGGAGAUUGAGAGGGACAUUGGGGUGUUAGGGGAGGAGGUGAGUGGGGAGGUGAGGGAGGGAGAGGUGAGGGACAGAGAAGGUUAAGCUGAUAGAGAGCGACUUUUAAUGAAGCGGUAUGAUGGUGAGUCAGUGGGUUUAUACUCAUGCUUACAGCGCAUUGUCAUGCCCAACUACCGCUCCCAUAGAUCUACAAGAAGAAUGCGCCACGGCCAAAUACCACAGCGGUACUUUGCGAAAGAACAAAUUUUGCGGUUUUAUGACACUCAGACUGGUGUUUGGUGUUUAGAUUUUGGUCA